GGCGGCGGCAGCGCCUGCGCAUUGCGGUCUCCGUGCGGACCGCGCAGAGUGAAUAAUAAAGCUCUCCUCCUCGGUGGUAGCGGGCGGAGGAGGAGGGAGCGGAGGGCAGGAGCAUGUCGAAGGGACCGGUAGGGACCGGCCCUCCUGCGACCGGGCCGGUGGCGGCCGCCAGCACGCUCCAAGCGCAGCCCGAGAAGCCGCAGCACUACACAUACCUGAAGGAAUUCCGCACAGAGCAGUGUCCCCUGUUUGUGCAGCACAAAUGUACUCAGCACAGGCCCUACACAUGCUUCCACUGGCACUUUGUUAACCAGCGUCGUCGCCGAUCUAUCCGCCGUCGGGAUGGCACCUUUAACUAUAGCCCUGACAUUUACUGCACCAAAUACGAUGAGACCACAGGGAUCUGCCCUGAAGGAGAUGAGUGUCCAUUCCUGCAUAGAACUACCGGUGAUACAGAACGGAGAUACCAUUUGCGCUACUACAAAACUGGAAUUUGCAUCCAUGAGACUGAUUCAAAAGGAAAUUGCACCAAGAAUGGCCUUCAUUGUGCUUUUGCUCAUGGACCACAUGACCUACGUUCUCCAGUUUAUGAUAUUAGGGAGCUUCAGGCCAUGGAAGCUUUGCAGAAUGGUCAGACUACAUCAGAAAGUGGCAUAGAAUGUCAGUCUGCAGUUGCUGCUAGCCAUGCUAUGAUAGAAAAAAUACUCAGUGAAGAGCCAAGAUGGCAAGACACAACUUAUGUUUUGGGAAACUACAAAACAGAACAGUGUAAGAAGCCCCCACGCCUCUGUCGCCAAGGUUAUGCCUGUCCUUAUUAUCAUAAUAGCAAAGAUAGAAGAAGGAGUCCUAGAAAACACAAAUACAGAUCCUCCCCAUGUCCUAGUGUGAAACAUGGAGAUGAAUGGGGAGAUCCUAGUAAGUGUGACAAUGGAGAUGCAUGCCAGUACUGUCACACCCGUACAGAGCAACAGUUUCACCCAGAG